AUGGUGAAUAGACCCGGCCAGCACUGUACCACAUCAGUUUGAAGAUGGCGGAGGGUGAACUGAACGUGGACAGCCUCAUCUCUCGGCUCCUGGAAGUACGAGGAUGUCGCCCGGGGAAGAUAGUCCAGAUGACCGAGGCAGAGGUUCGAGGCCUCUGCAUCAAGUCCAGGGAGAUCUUCCUCAGCCAGCCCAUCCUGCUGGAGCUUGAGGCGCCCCUGAAGAUCUGUGGAGAUAUCCAUGGGCAGUACACAGAUCUGCUGAGGCUGUUUGAGUACGGUGGUUUCCCUCCAGAGGCUAACUACCUUUUCCUGGGCGACUACGUGGACAGAGGGAAACAGUCCCUGGAAACCAUCUGUCUUCUGUUGGCCUACAAGAUCAAAUACCCAGAGAACUUUUUCCUGCUCAGGGGCAACCACGAGUGUGCUUCCAUCAACCGCAUCUACGGCUUCUACGAUGAGUGUAAGCGCAGGUUCAACAUUAAGUUGUGGAAGACCUUCACCGACUGCUUUAACUGCCUCCCCAUCGCUGCUAUCAUUGAUGAGAAGAUCUUCUGCUGCCAUGGAGGGCUAUCGCCUGAUUUGCAGUCGAUGGAGCAGAUUCGCAGGAUCAUGAGGCCAACAGACGUUCCUGAUACAGGCCUGCUGUGUGACCUGUUGUGGUCAGACCCAGAUAAGGACGUACAAGGUUGGGGAGAGAACGACCGCGGGGUCUCCUUCACCUUCGGAGCAGAUGUGGUCAGCAAGUUCCUAAACCGCCACGACCUGGACCUCAUCUGCAGAGCCCACCAGGUUGUGGAGGAUGGAUACGAGUUCUUUGCCAAACGCCAACUGGUCACACUUUUUUCUGCUCCAAACUACUGCGGGGAGUUCGACAAUGCAGGCGGCAUGAUGAGUGUCGAUGAAUCCCUCAUGUGCUCCUUCCAGAUCCUAAAGCCCUCAGAGAAGAAGGCUAAGUACCAGUACGGCGGUGUAAAUUCUGGUCGGCCCGUCACCCCGCCCCGCACCACCCAAGCCCCCAAGAAGAGGUGAACGUCCAGCCUCGGCUCUCCCCCCUCUCCCCCCCUCUCCCCCUCCUGUCCGUCCCCGGUCUGCCGCCAUGGCAACCCCUGUAACUCCCCUGUAUAGCGAAGAUACAGGGCUUAUCUAAUUGCCCAAAUCUUUCUCCUCUUUCUCCCCCACUCACCCGACCUCUUCCAAACUCCACUGACAGCUCUUUUCUUAAUGUGUAUGUGUACAUAAAUUUGCUGUGACCAAUCUGUUUUUUUUUCUUUUCUUUUCUUGUUUUUUUUUUGCCUGUUUGUUGGUAUUUUUGAUAUUAUUAUUAACAGAUGAUUUGUGGUUUUACUUCCAAUGCCAUUUGAGGUUUAUAGAACCUGAUAAUGUCAUAAAUUCCUGAUAAUGUAACAACCCCGAUAAUGUAAUAAAAAAUCUGCACUUGAGUCCAUUGAAAAUCCUGAUAAUGUAAUGACUUCCCGAUAAUGUAUCAAAGUGCAUUUCCCAAUAAUGUAAUACACUUUUUUUUUAACCAAUAAUGUAAUAAAGUAUAACAUUAAUGGGAGGUUAUUACAUUAUCAGGUUAGCCUUCAUUUCGCAAGUCCUGAUAAUGUAAUAAUUCCCCAAUAUUGUAAUAAUUUAACAGCAGACCACCCAUUACUUGGGUUCAAGUGGUGAUACUGUGUAGGCAACUCUAGCUCAAGAGCUCUAGCGCCACCAACAGGUCAAAGUUGAGUGUUUAUUAACUUUUUGACCCAUAUCACUGGAACCCUUGGGCCAAUCCGAGCUCAAUGCAUCCUCAAUGGGGUUUUUCGGCCAUAUUGGAUUUUCCGCCAUCUUUGAUUUGAUCAAAAACCUUCCACUAAUGUUAUACUUUAUUACAUUAUUGAAAAAAAAAAAGUGUAUUCUAUUAUUGGGAAAUGCACUUUAUUACAUUAACGGGAAGUUAUUCCAUUAUCAGGUUUUAUUACAUUUUCAAUGGACUCAAGUGCAGAUUGUUAUUACAUUAUCGGGGUUAUUACAUUAUCGGGGAAUUUAUCACAUUAUCAGCUUCUACAAGGUUUUUCUGAGGUUCUGUGUCGUCUCUGUGUCGAGGGGCAAAGUGACCGAGUCAGAGGAAGUCUUGUUCCGUUUUAAAACACAAACAGUACAGAUGAAACAUUGUUUUUGCCUUGACGUUCUCUCGACAAGCAGAGAGAAUCCUUCCGACGUGUUUUAAUGAGACUGAGCUCUCCGUGCUAAAUCCGUACACACAAACCUCUUGUAUUCCGGUUUGACAGUGUAAACACAUUACAGCGUACGCGGUGCACUUGCGGUUGCUGUGCAGGCGCACAUUUUAUAUAUUUAA